GUCUGAGAGGGCGACCCGUAGAAAAGCCUCAAGAUGGCGGCCAAUGUACGCAUGCGCAGUAUGGCUUACUGGCAGCGCCCGCAAUAUAUUGGGAGUUUUUUGGGCGGACUUGACGACUUUGAAGCGUUUGUUGAUGGCGAACGAGCGCCUGCGAGCUCUGGAGGAGGUGGAGAAGGAGAUCGCCAUGGUGCUGCAGUGUGCCGGCAACAUCCUGAUGGAACUUUCCAAAGACAAACACAACGCCAGCCUGCUGGACAGACAGCUGGUCCAGUUCCAGAGCUCAGUCAACCGAGUGGAGGGCGAACUGAGCGGCCAAAUCCGCUACCUGACACAGGUUGCCACUGGCCAACCUCACGAGGGGUCCACCUACUCAUCCAGGAAGGACUGCCAGAUGGCACUCAACAGAGCAGAGUACGCCAAAGUCAAACUGGGAGAACUGGGCCGGACCUGCGAGGUGAUGUUGGAGCAGCCGCCGCCAUCGCAGCUAACAUGAAGAGAGGACCACUUGUUUUCUUCAUCUUUAUUCAGACAAACGCUUGAAUGAGACAACUCGCACCGUGAAUGCUUUUGGACUGCACAAAGAGUCCGGUUACGAAUUGGAAUGCAUCGAUGUUCUCUGGUCAGCCGUUAAAACAAACCUCUCGAUGCUGCGUGUUUGUGUACGAAUAAACGCAUUGCCACUGUGGCCUGG